AUGUCCAGCUUUCGCAUGAAGUAUCUCUUCCUAGAGAACACCGCAUCACAGUGCGAGAAUAGUGCUGACGUCCUGCGCAACGCGUUGUUCAUCGCGUACGGCAACGCCAACUUCACUCGAAGCGCCUUUCUGAAACACGCCAAAUCGUUUGAAGACGCUGACGAUCAGACGGCCACAGCAGGUGUUAGCACGGACGCUCGGCGGCUCGAUGAGGCUCGGAAUGCCGAAGCUGAGGUUCGGCAUGGCGGUGCCACGGACGCCGAGCCUGCAGCAGCGAACGUGCGGGGGCGGCGGGACAUGCAGGGGCGCGUGUGCGUGGUGACGGGGGGAAAUCAGGGCAUUGGUCGCGCUGCUGCUACCGCCAUGGCGCAGAGGGGAGCGACGGUGCACAUAGUGUGUCGGAACGAGGCCAGAGGGGCCGCAGCAGCCUCUGAGAUCGCCGCCCAAACAGGAAACGAUCAGGUGUUUCUUCAGCUGUGCGACCUCUCCUCCCUCGCUCAAGUGCACUCCCUGGCUGAUCGGCUAGCGGGGCUAGACACGCCCAUCCACGUGCUGGUGAACAACGCUGGGGUGAUGGAGCAUGAGAAGAAGACGUCUCCCGAUGGGUUUGAGCUUAACUUUGCAGUGAACGUGCUCGGAACUUUUGUUCUGACCGAAGCCCUGCUGCCCCUGCUGCAGCGGGCAGCCCCCGAAGCAAAAGUCAUAACAGUGGCCACUGGGGGCAUUCUCACUCAACCGCUCAGCACCGAUCUGCAAAUGGAAGACACCAAGUUUGAUGGGAUGGAUGCAUAUGCGCGCAACAAGCGAGUGCAGGUGUGUGUGUGGGACAGGAGGGAGGAAGGCGGGAAACAUGGGGGAAAAGCUGGCAGGGAAGAGGGCUAG